GGGGUUAACGUCAGCUCCUCCGGUAACAGCCCGGACUGCGGCUGCAGUCAAACCACCUCCAAUUGACAACAGCUUUCAGGGAAACAUGGCGACCCGAGUCCUUCAAAGAGUCGGCAAAGGCCUCAAACAGACGACUAAUGGGCUUCAGACGAGCGGACAGGUCACCGUCACAAUAAGGAGCCUCUCAGCGUUCAGGGAAGACAGCUGGUUCAAAUCUCUUUUCGUUAGAAAGGUCGACCCAAGAAAAGAUGCUCACUCUCAUCUGCUCGCCAAGAAAGAAGACAACAAUCUCUACAAAGUACAAUUUCACAACGUCAAGCCAGAGUGCCUUGAUGCUUAUAAUGAACUAUGUGAGGACGUCUUGCCUUCGAUUCACGCUGACGCUGAAUACCCCUGUGAGCUUGUGGGCACCUGGAACACUUGGUACGGAGAGCAGGACCAGGCAGUUCACCUGUGGAGAUAUCGGGGAGGAUACCCGGCUCUCACCGAAGUCAUGAACAAACUCAGGCAGAAUAAGGUGUUCAUGGACUACAGGAACGAGAGGGGAAAGAUGCUGCUGUCUCGCAGGAACCAGCUGCUGCGUGAGUUCAGUUUCUGGAACGAACCCGUCCCUCGCCCAGGACCCAACAUCUAUGAGCUCCGAUCGUACCAACUCAGGCCAGGAACAAUGAUCGAGUGGGGAAAUUACUGGGCUCGUGCCAUUGAGAUUCGCCAGCAGAACCACGAGGCUGUGGGAGGCUUUUUCUCUCAGAUUGGAAAUCUCUACACUGUUCACCACUUAUGGGCGUACAAAGAUCUGCAGUCCAGAGAAGACACCAGAAAUGCAGCCUGGCAGCGUGAAGGCUGGGAUGAGGUUGUUUACUACACGGUCCCUCUUAUUCAGCACAUGGAAUCUAGAAUAAUGAUUCCCAUGAAGACCUCGCCCUUGAAGUAACCACAGACAUCGGGAGGGAAAAGACUCAGCAACCACUGCAACUAUUACACUGAUCUGUAGAGAGUGUAACAACCAUCGGAGUGCGCACUGCCAGGGAUAUCGGCCUAGCAUAAACAACUUUCUGUUUUUUUGUUUUCCUUUCUUUGUUUCUUUGCUCCACUUUUCUGCGUGGGCCCUUUUUCAGAUAAUGAGUUCAAAAUGAUUGUCACCAAAACUGCCCCUGUUACAGCAGUUAUCGUGUUACUGAUCCAUUUAUAUGGCGUGUGUGUAGACAGCACAUUACUUGGUACACUCCUCCUCUUCACUGUCUGUCAUUUAAAGGGUCAGAUUUGAAAUUAAUGAUCAUAUUUAUUUUUCUUAUGGUGAACUGUCAAAAGCUAGUGUCAUCAGCCUCUAAGUGCUGGUCACAGAACCUUUAAAAUGUCUUAAAAUUAAAGAAAAGUGACCAUUAUUUGUUGCGCUCGGAUUCAGAUUAAACAAAAGUAACUGCCUCUGUAGCCAGAAGUCAUCGCUCACUGUCAAUUUUAAGUGGACAGGUAUCUUGCUGUUUACAAAUCCGCGUUCUGUGAUUGACAGUCAGAGUUUGUGCUUUUGGGCCACAGUGAGACUCCAACUUUCAUCAUGUUCAUCACUCCAGAAAAUGUUUUAUGUUUACAUGGCUUUGACCCAUACAACUGAUUGUAACAGUAAUUUGUGUCAUCAUCAGUUGUCUGGAUGAAGAAAUUUAUAAGAACACUGUAAUGGAGAUGCACUCAAGCUGAAGUUCACGAAUGCGUCAUAGAGACGAAGCGAGAAAUGGAUUCAGAGCACAUUUGUCUCCUCUGUUAAACUGAACACAUCUCCUGAUUCCUCUCUGACUUUGACAUCAUGAUAUUUCUGACUCUUCCAGCUGUGGAGAGGAGGACAAAGCAGUUAAAAUGAUUAGUUCUGCUGCAAUCAGAAACAUUUUUCUAAUCAGUAUUUACAUUACAAUCUGCUGUAUACUGUCUGGUUUGGCCUAUCCCUAUAUCAAGCAAUUACUAUCAGCCGGGUGAUUGUGUGCUCUAAUUGAGAUUAAUGUGUUUUUUUAAUGGUGAGAUUGUAGAUAAACGUAGGAGGUUUGUUAACCGAGCCAGACAUCUGGUGACACCUUUGUCUGUAAAUGCGUGGGGUCUUCUAUAACUGUCUGAUGUUUGCUAGACAAGUGGACAGAAGAGGAGUGAUGUCCCAGUGUGGUAAAUGUAAGAUGCAGUGCUUUAAUAAGAUUAGUUGUACAUAUUUAAUUAAACUUCUGAUGAAAAUAGGAAAAAAAA